UUAGGACCCAUUGGCAAAGCAGGGUGUGAGGAGGAGUCGGACUUGAUUGACAUGCGUUGGAGAGCAGAACAGACUACAGAGACUGACUAAACUACAGCCAUAACGGAGAGUGUCACUGUGAUUAUUACAAAUCCUGUAUACAACUUUACCGUCAGUUUUGAGAUACAAAGCAACGAGUCGUUAACAACAAACAAUGACUUUUCAUACCUGAUCUCAGUUUUAUUCUGUUUUCUGCAGAGCUGAUAAUGCUUAAGAUGAAGCUGCCCAUGAAAUCGGCUGUGGAAGGAGGACACAGAACGGCCGAAGACGAGCUUGAAGAAACCUCUGAAUGCAAUCUCCAUAUUCCCGGUUCUAGUUUCCAGACGUCAACCAACACCAACAGGUUUACAGAUUCUCCGAGCGGGCUGCGGUACCCAGCCUCUCUGGAUAAAGAGGCGGUGUACGAGUGGUUCGGCUUGUACCUUAGCCCAGCCAAGCGAAUCGAGUUUAUGUGUGGACUGCUUCAUAUGUGUCAGCCACCGGAGUUACGCUUUCUGGGCUCCUGCCUUGAAGAUCUUGCACGAAAAGAUUUCCACAUCCUCAGGGACUCCGAGAUAAAAGCAAAUUGCCCGAACGAUCUGAGCCUGUUGACGGAUAUCACUGACCCUGUGAUCCGGUCCAAACUUCUCGUGUGUAUGUCCCUCUUGGGGUCUGAGAACAGGGAGUGCGCUGAGAUACUAUUCCGUAUCCUGAGCCAUGUGGAUUCCUCCUUGAACUUCUUCAAGAACCACGGCUUGCCUGUCACUUCGUAUACGGACCACCAUCGGUGUGGUGAUGGAGAGGAGCCCGGGGGAUCGUUGCAGGGUUGCGGGCCCCCAAUGGAGGUAGCAGCCGAUGCCCAGCAGCAAUUGGAGCUGCUUUUAACCAUGGCCUCCUUGCACCCAGCUUUCCCUUUUCACCAGAGAGAGAGUCUGAGAAUGCAUUUGGACAAGAUUGAGAGAUCUUUUGAAGAAGAGAGACAACAUUAUCAUCACAAUAAUACUCAGCAGAACAACGUUCAACCAAAUGAUUACUUUGCGCCCAGUACUGACAACAACCGGUUUGAAAGAACAGCACCUACUCAGGGAAACCAGACUGCCUCUAGGAAAGCACAGAGAGAAGUACACAUAAAGAUGAUUGUGCUGAAAGGAGUGUCAAGAAGUAGGACAGACAGAUGCUUGGAGUACACAUUUGAGGUCAAUUGGUCUGAUUUGUCUCUGAGCUCUGUAACAAAAACACACCAAGAACUUGAAGACUUUUUAUUAAAGCUACCAAAAGAACUUUCUACCGAAUCGUUUGAAAGAAGCAUUUUACGAUUGCUGAGCCAAGGACACAAAUGGGAACAGGGGGACCUGGAGCAGACUUUCAGGGAUACGUUUCUCACAGCGCCACAAGCAUUCCUGCAAAGAGAUAGGGUCUGUCUUUUCUUCCUUUCCAACUCAACAGACCUAGGCCAUAGCCACAAUAUGGAGCCGCACAUGGCAAGUCAUCGCAAGAAACAUGCCGACAAAAGCCCCAGCCUAAGCAUUCUAGGUAACAAGGGUCCUCAGAUGGAGGAAAGGAGAGCCAAGCACUUGGAGCACAAUGGAGUUCUAGAUUGGAGGAAGAAAAGCUGCUCUUUGAAACCUAACCCUGAGCACUGCACACCAGCUUCUGAUGAGCAUCUAAGUGAAGAUAAAUGGAGUUUACCUCCUGGCAGCAAGAAGAAAGUGAAAUCUGCAACUGACAGAGAGAAGGGAAGGAAAGGAGACAGUAGAAUAAGCUACAUCACCAAUGGCAUCCUGAGACCUGCUCCAGUGCACCUUGUGCGGUCAGAGUCUGGGAAAGAUCCCAGACUGGAUGCUGGCUCAGGUCCAGACACCUGUGGAGGGAUGUCCUCUGAGGGCUACAGCUCCCCCUCCAGCCCCAAGCUCGAUGGCAGAGAGAGUUUUGAAAGCCAGGACGAGAAGGACAAGGAUACUGACAGUAAUUCUGAAGACUCUGGCAAUGUAAUGGGUGCAGCUUCUGCUGAGGGAAGGUCUGUCGCCCCAGCUGUGUUCCUGAAGGAUGACGCCCUGCGGCCAGAGAGCCCCCUGAGCAGCUCCAAGUUCACCCAGCUCUCUUUUAUGCCGCCCAUCCAGUGUGUGAUCCAAAACGGUGCUCCCAGGCCCGAAGGUGUGGUCCCUCCACAGACAGUAGACAGCAAGCCUGUGGGCUUGAUGGUGACGGUGCCCACUGCCCUUCCUUCCAUGAGGGAGGCCAUGGUGAGUCCUGCAGCAGCCGGAGACACGGAGAAGCAGCACCUGGAUACCAUCUCCCUUCUGUCUGCCUUAAACCCUUCCCAGCCGCAGCAACCAGGCAGCCCAGCUAUCUACCCCCUGAUCCAGCGCUUCAAAAUGUCUGCCCCGCCCAUCUCCCAGAGCUCAGAGAACUUCAACACCACCCAGCAUCAGUCACUAGUGGGUGCCAUCAAUUUGAUAUCCCCUAACCCAGCCUACAUGUCCACCCUGAAGUCAGCCAGAGGAUUUCCGAGUGGAGAGCUAAUUGGGCCAGGUUUGCCCCCUGCCAUGCCCCACACUGAGGCUCUGCAAGCCCACAAUAAGCCUCCGCCUCUGUCCUUGCCCACAGGCAUGCCAGCUCCACUGCCCUCCUUUGGCCUGCCUGUCUCCAGGCCCUCCCCAGGAGCUGCAGGCACGCCUCCUCCCGCUCGUCCCCAGGCAGUUGGCCAAGUGCAGGCCAUGGUGCCUCCAGCUGUUCCCACUCACACCCCGGGACCUGCGCCCAGCCCCAGCCUGGCUCUCAACCACAGUACAGCUCAGAGCGACAGCACUUCAUACAUUGACAGCAGCGUGAACUCUGCUGGACCCCAUCAGCCCCCACCACCACCACCACCACAACAGCAGCAGCAGCAGCCGCCUCCCUCUGCACAACAGCCGGGAUGUGGGGCUUGCGGGUGCCGGGGCAGCUGUGGGAGCAACCACCCACCCAGCUUCUACUUCACCCCCCAUCGGCAGCUCUUCAGCGUCCAGCCACUCUUUCACCUGACGUCCCUGUGCAACAGCAGCUACCUCAACCAGGCGCACCAGAGCAAUGGCGCAACACAGCUGCCUUUCUUCCCACCUGCUCACUCGCCCUACCCUAACGGCCCCUUGCUGCACGCACACACAGACCACAUGCUUGGCAACCAGGCCAACUAUGGCCUCCAGCAGAUGGCUGCUUUUGGUCGCUUCUAUGUACCACCGAUGUAUCAGACAGUCAGCAUGAUGCCCAACGCUGCCAAUGGGGCGGGAGUGAAGAAGAACGGGAGCAUCUCCUGCUACAACUGCGGGGCCAGCGGACACUACGCACAGGACUGCAAGCAGCCAUCAAUAGAGGCCAGCCAACAAGGUGGCUUUCGGCUUAAGUAUGCUCCUCCUCAUCCUGAGACUCUAGACUCUGCAGACUGACUGGACACCACAGAGGCGUUUUAUUCUUUCUAAUAAAGUUUAGUUUCCUGAGAGCCAGUGUUUAAGAUUUUUCAGCCUCUUUAGGGGAGGGGUUUAGUUAAUCUGAGAACUUGUGCUUAAAUCUCAUCUAGAUCACAGAUGAAGGAAACAGUCGCAAAGAGCCUAAUGUUGAUCUCUAGUUUUGCACUGAAGACUUGCAAGAAGCACUUGCUACGUUUACUGAAUUACUUAAGUACCACCAUGUCACUUAAAAGACUUUGGUAACAUUAUAUUGAAAAGAAUGGCUUUCAUUUUUUGCGUAGUUAUGUUUUUAUGCUUUCUUUUCUGAGAGAUGCAGAAAGUUGAAGCUUUCUAGUACAAGACUUGCUUAGCCAGUCAUCUUGACAUUAUCACAGCAUUUCAUUGAGGUUUUUUUUUUGUAGCAAUACAUUGAAAACCAGAUUUGAGAAUCCGUGUGCCUGUAUUUACCUUGUUGGAGCAAACAUUUAAAAAGAGAAAAAAAAAUAAAAGAAAAAAGCUUUAGAAAUAUUUAGAUAUUAAUUUUUUUAAAUGAAAGAAAAUGUGUUUUAAGGAUUUUUUUAGAGCAGCUAAUUAACAAAAACAUCAAAUUUUUAUAUUUAUUUGAAAUCUUAAACAAAAAAAAUUAAAAAAGUGUGAAAUGUUAUAUAAAAUGUUGUGUGUGUAAGAAAACAUGCAAGCCACAGUCAUUUAUUAAGAUACAUGUCUUAGUGUCAUAAUUAUUUUUUUUCCCCCAAAAAACAAAAAUCUAAAGCUUGGAUUAUUACAGCAGUGUUUUGAAUGUAAAAUAGAUUUAGUAUUGUUAUUAUUACUAAUAAUGUGUUUUUAUAUAUAUAUAUAUAUAUAUAUAUAUAUAUAUAUAUAUAUAUAUAUAUAUAUAUAUAUAUAUAUAUAUAUAAGUUUAUCAUGGGUUAUGAAUUUAUACAAAGAAAGAUGACAAGUCAGAAAGGUGAUCACAACUGUUCCAGAAAAAGUAUUUUCAAAAGCGUUUGCCACGAAGUAUAAUGUGAAACACAUUUAUUAAGAAGGUAUUAAUCAUGUUGGGUUUAAAAAGGCCAAUAAGCACUAAUUUGUCGCCUUGUAUUUUCUAGUUUUCUGGAGUGCACUGAGGCAGUACUAAGAUGAAGUGUAUGAGUAGGAUUAACUACUGCAUUAAAGCUGCUAAUUUGUCCCAGUAGGUGGUGCAAUUGCAAACCAUUUCCUGUUUGUUAAAUAACAACCAUCUGAUGAAACAAACACCAGCAAUUAUUUGUAUUUUAUUAUUUUUAUACCUACAUCAGGUACAGUGGUUUUGGCAUUCCUGAAGAAUGUAUUAGAUUGACAUGCAGGAGAGGAUAGAGGAUGCAUUUUGAUUUAAUUUCCUUGAUAAGUUGUAAUAAAAUUUAAAAAAAAAAAAAAAACAUAAACCAUAAAAUAAAACAAUUCAAAAGUGUAAUGACUUCAUUUUGUAGUAUGAGCGCUCCCAAUUAAGAGCUUUUUGGUAUUAAAAGAUGUAAGGAAAAAAAACAAACAAAGGUGACAUUUAUUUUGAAAACACACACACACAAAAAAAGUUCUGAUUUAAGAAGUUUUUUGGACCAUAAUGUGUGAAUGACUUCUUCAAAGUCUUACUCUUAAGUAGAGUGUAUGGAGAAACAUGCAAUUCUGUAGGAGUGUUUGCUUGUGUGUGUGUAUGUGUGUAUAAACGUGCCAGUUGAAUUUGUUGACGUUAUGUUAAGGUUUAAAAUGCUGUACUGUAUGAGGAGGUAUACUGUUACCUUCAGUUGUAUGUUUACUGUAUUAGAUAUCUACAAUGUUAUGUACUGGAAAGGUCAAUUAUAUUUCUAGAAAAAUUAGAAUGUAUGCAUAUUUUAAAUCCCCCCCUUGAAUUAACAGCAAUAAAAUAAUAAAAAAACAGAUUUAGGUUUUUGUUGUGCAAUUUUUUCAUAUUUAAAAUAACAGCAUAUUUAGUGUUUAAUAACUUUUUUCCAAAGUUUGGGAUUGCAAACUAUACUAGCACCACUGCAAUAUUUUGUUAUGUCAUAAACUUCACAAACAAGUGGAACUACAGUUGUAGUCAAAAGUUUACAUGCUCCAAUGGAAAUGUUUCUAGAAAUUUCUCAAACAAAUCGGUAUAGGAAAAAUCUUUUGUAGUAAGUUUUGCUUUUGUGGAUGAUGAAAAAAAAGUUAUAAGAAAUAUGUGUCUGCAAUUAUUUAAGCCUCCUUAAAUAAAUAAAGGAGGCUGUGUGGUCCAGUGGUUAAAGAAAAGGGCUUGUAACCAGGAGGUUCCUGGUUCAAAUCCCACCUCAGCCACUGACUCAUUGUGUGACCCUGAGCAAGUCACUUAACCUCCUUGUGCUCUGUCUUUCAGGUGAGAUGUAGUUGUAAGUGACUCUGCAGCUGAUGCAUAGUUCACACACCCUAGUCUCUGUAAGUUGCCUUGGAUAAAGGCGUCUGCUAAAUAAACAAAUAAUAAUAAUCAAGUUUUUAGCAAAACUUCAAAAAUGCUAAUUCAAAAGUAUUCAUACUCUGACAAUGAAAAUGAAACUAAUAGCUAGUUGAGGCACCUUUUAACAAUAACCUCUUUUAAAAAAUUAGGGUAUUUGUAAAUGAGCUUUUGGCAUGAUUCUGUAGUGAUUUUCUGAACAUUCUUCAACGCAAAAUUGUUCCAGUUCAUUCAAAUUCCUAGGACUUUUCUUGUGCACAGCCAGUGAAUUAACCAUCUUCCAGAUCGAGGGAGCAUUGUGACAGUAGCAUGAGUCUUGUACUUGUUGAUAAUAGAAACAAUAAUUGCAAUUGGGAUACUCAAAUGCUUGGAAAUCUUCUUGUAGCCUUCUCCAGUUUUAUGACAAUAAAUAAUGUUCUGCCUAAGGUCUUCAGAUAGCUCUUUACUUUCUCCCGUAUUGACUUAUUGGUAAUGACAGCAAUCAUCCUAUGCCUAACCCUUUUAUACACUCUAAGAAUGUUCACCUACAAUCCAGCAUUUUCUAGAAUUAGGUUCUGCAUUAUCAUAUUGAAAUUUCUAGCACCUUGUAGACAAUACUAUCAGAGCAUCAAAGGAUAUGAAUAAUUCUGAAUUAGCAUUUUCAGAGUUUUGCAAAAAAAAAAAAAAUUGCUGAAAUAAAUAAUUGUAGACAUUUAUUUCUUUUAACUUUUUUUCCUCAUCCAGAAAAGCAAAACUUUUGCUACAAAAGAUUUUUCCUAAAAUUCUUUGUUUUCUAGAAAUUUCUAGAAAUUAUAAAUUUCCAUUUGGGAAUGUAAACUUUUGAUUACAACUGUAUUUUGCAUGUUACAAGAUUGUUAGAAAUUUGCAGAGAUUCAUUCAUUCAAGGAAUGAAAAAUAUUUCAUAGUGUUCAGACUAGAAGGAUAAAUAGCAUUUGGAAUGUCUUUAAGCACCGAGUAUGUUCGUUGAGGAAUGUGUUUAAGACAUUUAUUUUUUGUGAAUAUGCACAUACUGUAGGUCAUGGUGACCUCAAGAUAAUUAAAUGUGCAAAUUACUGUCUACUAGUUUGUAUAGUAGAAAUUACAACAUUGAACACUAUCAACCCUCUACCCUCUAAAAUGCUUUUCAUUCCAUAUUUGCUGUGUGCCAAAAUGACUGUUGGUCAGAGAAAAUGAAGACAGAUAAUGAAACAGAAUUGCCUCCUUUAAUAAUGUGGAAUUUCCACACGGUAAACAGUCAGAAAAUGGAUCCGAGAUUUCCUUUAAUCUGAUUAAAGCCCUCAUAUUGACCAAUCUCCAGUAAAGGACCUUGAAUGUUAUCUUUCAAAUUAUGUUUAGACAAAGAGAAGGAUAUGUGAUACCUUAUAUUGGACUAACUAAACAAUAUUUAAUCGCAAGCUUUCAAGACCUCAAAGGUCUCUCUUUCUGGUGAAAGUAGGAAAGAGAUUGAUGUUUACAUUCAAAGGUGGCAUUAGAACUUAAACACAAAUAACCCAUUUUGAA